AGUAGCUGUUGGACUUCUUAAAGCCAUGAGCCAGGGGUUGGUGACUUUUAGAGAUGUGGCUGUAGACUUCUCCGAAGGGGAAUGGGAUUACCUGGAUUCUUCUCAAAGACAUUUGCAUGGUUCUGUGAUGAUGGAGAACUAUAGGAACUUGCUCUCACUGGGUCUUUGCUUGUGUAAACCAAGUAUGAUAUCAAUGUUGGAACAAGGAAAAGAGCCAUGGAUGGUAGCUAAAAAGCUGACAAAUGAUGUGUGCUCAGAAUGGGAAUCUAUGGGUGAGACUGAAGAAUCUGCCCCUAAGCAGGAGCUUUGUCAAGCACAGCCAUCUCAGAAGAUUACAGGAAAAUUGGCAGACAUUGGCCUUGACUACUCCAGCUUAAAAGAAGAGUGUAAAUGUGAGGGCAAUUUGGAGGGACAACCAGGAAAUGAGAAGACAAGUUGUAAAAAAGAAACAGUCACUUACGAAGAAGCCCUUCUUAACAAACAAGAACAAGAUUUUAACAAAUCUUUGGGAAGUUUCCAUCAUAACAUUCUGCUUCCCAUACAACCGACAAUCCCAAAAGAGGAGAAAGUAUAUAACCAUGACACAUGGCAGAACACUGUUCAAAACACUUCCCUGACUGUUCAGCCCGAGGGUGUCUAUGCAAAGAAGAAAGUUUUGAAAUGCAAUUACUGUGAUAAAGUCUUCACCCAGAGCUCAUCCCUCACGCUUCAUCAAAGAGUCCAUACUGGGGAGAAACCCUAUAUAUGUGCAGAAUGUGGGAAAGCCUUUAGCCAUAGAUCCAACCUUGUCCAACACCACAGAAUUCAUACUGGAGAGAGACCCUAUGAAUGUAAAGAGUGUAAUAAAGCCUUUAGUCAGAAUGCACAUCUCCUUCAACAUCUGAGAGUUCACACUGGAGAAAAGCCUUAUGAAUGUAAGGUAUGUAGGAAAGCCUUUGGCCAGUUUGCUUACCUUGCCCAGCAUCAGCGAGUUCACACUGGAGAGAAACCCUAUGAAUGUAUUGUAUGUGGGAAAGCAUUCAGCAAUAGGUCCUCUAUUGCCCAGCACCACAGAGCUCAUAGAGGAGAGAAACCUUACGAAUGCAAUGUGUGUGGGAAAGCAUUUAGCCUACGUGCAUACCUGACCGAACAUCAGAGAAUACACACGGGAGAGAGGCCCUAUGAAUGUAAGGAGUGUGGGAAGGCCUUCAGCCAGAAUUCACACCUUGCUCAGCACCAGAGAAUUCACACUGGAGAAAAACCUUACAAAUGUCAGCAAUGUAAGAAAGCUUUCAGCCAGAUUACCUACCUCGCUCAGCAUCAGAGAGUUCAUACUGGAGAAAAACCCUAUGAAUGUAUCAAAUGCGGAAAGGCUUUUAGCAAUGAUUCAUCCCUCACUCGACACGAGAGAGUUCAUACUGGAGAGAAACCCUAUGACUGUAACGUGUGUGGGAAGGCUUUCAGUUACUGUGGCUCUCUCUCCCAGCAUCAGAGGAUACACACUGGGGAGAGACCCUAUGAAUGUAAGGAAUGCAAGAAGAGCUUCAGGCAGCAUGCACAUCUUGCCCAACACCAGAGAAUUCACACUGGGGGACAGGGUUUCUCCAAUCCAGUCAGUCACCAAGUCAUAUAAAUCCUAAC